AUGGGUCGCGUCCGUACCAAAACAGUGAAGAAAUCAUCACGACAGGUGAUCGAGAAGUACUACUCACGGAUGACACUAGACUUCCACACGAACAAGAAGAUCUUGGAAGAAGUUGCAAUCAUCCCAUCAAAGAGACUACGCAACAAGAUCGCUGGGUUCUCAACCCACUUGAUGAAACGUAUCCAAAAGGGACCAGUCCGUGGAAUCUCCCUCAAGCUACAGGAGGAAGAGCGUGAAAGGAGAAUGGACUUUGUUCCCGACGAGUCUGCCAUCAAAACCGAUGACGUUAAGGUCGACAAAGAGACUCUGGAGAUGCUUGCUUCUUUGGGUAUGUCUGAUGUUCCUGGGUUUUCUAAAGUCGAGCCACAAGCUGUCGCACCUGUCUUUGGCCGUCCUGCAAGACGAUUCUAA